CGGGGAGCCGCGCGACGGAGGUGGAUGGUUCGUCGGUGUCUCCCGGUGGGAUUUCGGUUUGAUUCCGGUUUGACGUGCUGAUGCCGUCGCGCGGAUCACGGCACGUCAAGACUUUUGCGUAAGCAUUGCCACUUCUGUCACGCGCGUUGCCUUAUCUCACCUCUUCAGAUCACUGAUUUAGAGACUACGUGAUUUUAUAUUUCGUGUGACAAAGUUUCACUCUCUUACGGGUCAGUCUCGGAAAACGAACGAGCAACGGACUGAAUCGUUCACGGGGAGAGUCGUCGCUCGUUAAUCGGGGCAAGUGUGCUGGAAAAAGUGUGCGCGUGGUCGUCUCCGUCGUCGUCGCUGCGCGGGUCGUUGCUCCUUCGAGUUUGUCGCUCGUUGACGACCCUCGUGAACUCACGUUUCCGCGUGCGAACGAUGCCGCCGACUUGCUGCGGCGGCGUCUCUGGCGAACGCGGGGUGCAAAGCGCGAGGACGGUGAGCGCGAAGUGAGUGAGGUGACUGCUGGUCUCGCGGGGAAGUCACGUUGCUGUCGAGGAUGAUCUUCACCGGCAGGUCGGUGGACGCUCUCGACGAGGUGCGAGGCACCGGUGGUACCACGGGCGUCGUCGUCCAGUCAGACGGCCGCCGGGACGUGAGCGCUGUCGCUAUCGCGGCCGGCUGGUUCUCCAGUUUGCGGAGACCCGGCAGGAAGCACAAGAAGAAUUACCAGAAGCAGGCGAAGAGUGCCUGGGACCUUAGCGCCUUAUCAUUAACCACGCAACUGAAAGAUGAAUUGGGCGAGGUCGUGGCAGAGAUGGAGGCGAUGGAGGGUGGCGGACUUACGGCCGACGAGACGAAACCGUCCAACAAGGCCAAGCAGACGUCGAUCGGCCGCAAGAAGUUCAACAUGGAUCCCAAGAAGGGCAUCGAGUACCUGAUAGAACACAACUUGCUGGCGCCGACACCGGAGGACGUCGCGCAGUUCCUCUACAAGGGCGAGGGCCUCAACAAGACGGCGAUCGGCGACUAUCUCGGCGAGCGACACGACUUCAACGAGCGCGUGUUGCGGGCAUUCGUUGAGCUGCACGAUUUCACCGAUCUCAUAUUAGUGCAGGCCUUGCGUCAGUUCCUCUGGUCGUUCCGGCUACCCGGCGAAGCGCAGAAGAUCGAUCGUAUGAUGGAGUGCUUCGCUCAAAGGUACUGCCAGUUGAACCCGAAUAUCUUCACCAACACGGACACCUGCUACGUGCUAAGCUUCGCCAUCAUCAUGCUGAAUACGUCGUUGCAUAAUCCGAGCGUCAAGGAUAAGCCCAGCGUGGAGCAGUUUAUUUCGAUGAACCGAGGGAUUAACAACGGCGGAGACCUGCCACGAGAACUGCUCGUGAGCCUCUACGAGAGUAUAAAAACCGAGCCUUUCAAGAUACCGGAGGACGACGGAAACGAUUUAAUGCACACCUUCUUCAAUCCCGACAAGGAGGGUUGGCUGUGGAAACAAGCAGGCGGACGUUACAAGAGCUGGAAGAGGCGGUGGUUCAUAUUGAAUGACAAUUGUUUGUACUAUUUCGAGUACACGACGGACAAGGAACCGCGCGGCAUUAUUCCGCUGGAGAAUAUCCAAGUUCGAGAAAUCCAGGACCGACACAAGCCGCAUUGUUUCGAACUGUACGCCGCCGGUUCCGAGUUCAUAAAGGCAUGCAAGACUGACAGUGAGGGAAAAGUUGUCGAAGGAAAGCAUACCGUGUACAGAAUGUCGGCGGCCACCGACGAAGAAAAGGACGAGUGGAUCAAGUGCGUACGGCAAAGUAUAUCGCAUAAUCCCUUCUACGACAUGCUCGCUGCACGAAAGAAGAAGGCGCAAAAGACGAACGUGCACUCGAAGAGUUAAGCGCUGCCACGUGCCGAGCUACGCGAGGAGCUCGGCGAAUCAGAAGACUGUUCAUUCGCGAUUCGACGUCGCACAUGCAUACGGUGUCGCGAGUGCGACCGAAUCGAACACGAUGGCGAAAAUCCAUCGGGGGAGAAAGGGAGCGCGCCGAAAGCGUGACAGGUAGUGCUGAUGGACGCCAGAGCGUAGAGUGUCGUGACAACGUGACGUGAAAAUAUCGCGUACGUGAGACGUUCUAUUUCACGCGCAGGACACGGCGUUAACGCGACAUCUUUCGUAGUCCGGAUGUGGAAGACAAGAAUCUUAUUCCACACUCGGAUCCUAGUGAUUCUAGUAUUCCUCGAGUUCAAGAUGUAUUAUAUAUAUAUAUAAAUGAAAAUUAACGUUAACGACAGUACAAGGAUAACGUAUUGUCCAUAAAACGCGUCGUUACGACACGCAUGAUCAACGUCAUAUCGGUACGAAAAAUAUAUCUGCGCUACGAAGGCGGCCUAGAGCUACGUUUUCACGAAUUUCAUAGACAAACUGCCUCUGUCCUUGUUUUCGCGGAAGAUGAGAAUCGUGCGCGUACGACUUCGUAUACUUCGGUCGGGAAAUCAAAAUCUGUACAGUAAAUAAUCGUGCCGUCGGUCAAUUGACAAAUUAACGUGUAUGAGCGGACGAGUAUCGGUUUGACGUUUCGUACUUUGCUGAGGAAGUCAAUAGAUCUUCGAGGGGUAUCCUUGUAGUUGUGCGAACACUUGUGCGAUGUGCUCAGCAUCAAUACUGUCACUCGUGUGUAGCAAUACGCUACGCGAGCACAACUUAUGUAACGGGUUAUAGCAAAGGGAACGAAACGUUUCUCAUUUCCGGCAGCUUGGAGAUACGUUGAAGCUCUCACUUGGUUUCUCGAAAGAUAUCGAAGAUGCUUCGAGAUAUUUUGUACGAGGUACAAGUAAUACUGCUCUUGCGUAUCGUGUAAAUAGAAGAGAUAAUAGGAUUCGCGAUUUUCGAUUACAUUGAAAAGAGCCUGAGAAAGAGACCGAGAAAGACCGGACAGAAAACUCGUAUUCAUGUGAUAAUUGUUCGUGUGUAUUUAUUUGAACAAAUAUUUGUACAAAGAUAAAAGUAAGUAAUAUACGUUCUCCGCGCGAAAUAAGAUUAUCCUGGACUAUUCAUGCUUGUAUGAUUUACAAAUGUAGCAUGUUCGUUUCAUUCAAGAGGCCGCGUAUGCAUAGACAUGCGAUACGCAAUACGAACACACAUAACGCAUGCGUCUUUACCAUAUAUACACACAGACAGACAGACACACACAUACAAUUUAGUGUAGUGAUUGAUACACGUGAGUUAGUUUAGGUAAAGACUUGGUGAGAUCUGACGGGGAACCUGCGACUCCAUCAUUUUUUCUCCAGAGGGAAAAGAAGGGAGGAAAGUUAAAGUAAAAAAAUGGAUUUUAUAUAAAGAGUAUACACGUAAAAAACGUUUGCGUUACGACGAUAAGUCCCUCUUACAUUACUCUCGAGUGAGCAUAAUAAUAAUUUCGGAUACCUUUGCGUUAUUAGCGUUUCUAUGCUCGGCUAAUGAAAAUUUAGCGACAGAGGAGCAGGUGCCUUCGCGAUCGUCAAGCUAGUCGUAAUAGCUGAUCCGUCAUAUACACGAAAGACUCGAGAAACGCUCUCCUUUGCCGCGCGCGAGGAAAGUCAGACAUCGAAAACGCCUUAUUACGAUACGCUAAAUAAUGAAACGCUGAAAUAGAAAAAAAAACGGAUAAAAUAUAGUAAAUGCGUAUUUUUUUUAAUAUCAUGCUAUUCUCGACGAGACGUAGACUUCGUUCAUCGUAACACGGCGAUCUCUAAUCGAUAGUGAAUUCACGAAAGAAGCAUUUUUUAUAAUAAUAUUGAAAACACUUGAAUCGCAUAUUGGUUCGGCGUUACGUUCAUUUUCUAUCAUGCGUAGGAAACGUUUCCGGUAUGUCCAAUUAACGUUUUAUAGUGAAAUAUCUUCAGCCUUGCCGAUAUAUAUAUAUUCUCGCGAUGUUUCCCAUAACUGUUUCCCGAGAUAUUACGCAGACAAUAACGUUCUGUUAUCAGAGAGCCAGCAUAUACAACACUAUCGAGAAAAUGAAAAUUAAAGAAAUGCAGGAUCUUCCUUUUGGGCCACUUACGAAUUGUGUUUUCUUCACGCGGUGUGUUCGUCAAGCUACUGUAAUAUAUUACGUACCGUUUGUAACUCCUACAGAUCAAGAUUGAUUAAUUAUUUGUGCUAGUACAUAGAUUUUGUAUGCAGACUUGCGGAUAGCUUUGUAAGCUGUUCCCGUUUUUUCGUUGCCAACGUUGACAGGAAAAUCUAGGUAUAUUGCAUGUGCAUGUAUCAUAGACUUAUCGUCGAGUAUUUAGUAUUUUGUGGAGGGCGCACGGUCGCCUUCCUAAAACUGUAAUUAGGACCUUCGUGGAACAUCUUCGCGAUAAGCCUAUGAUACAUACGCGAAUAUUGUACAUACAUAUACGAAUCUCCGUAAAUCGUAAGUCGUAGCUGUAUGGAGUAGAGUUAGUCCGUCUUUCCUCCCGUAACUCGAUUUGUAAUUUUACUCUGUGUAUAUUUCGUUGUAAAGUACAAACGAUGAUGUACGCGAGGAAACGUAAGAAACUAUGUAUUAGCAGAAUAAUUGAUUGAGAUUGAGGAAUUGUAUAAUGAAUUGUACCUUAUAUUAAUAGGGAAUUUGUACAUUUUGUUGUAUAUUAUUUGAUAAUUAUUAUUAUGUAUACACAUGGCGGAUCGUAUACUAUAUUUAGUAAGGAAGUGUAUUAAUUUAAAUGUAAUUAAUAAAUUUAUUUCUAGCAUACGUA